UUAGUGCUUUCAUCUUGUGCAUAAAGGACGAACAAUAAUGUUUGCGAAAAAACUCUCGAGAAAUUGCAAAAAAUGGGUUAUUUUGCAGAGGUUCGAUUCACGGAUUGAAAAAGUGUCGUCUGCUAACAGUAAUAAUAACAAGCUCUGUCACGCGAGUAGAGGUUUGUCUUUUAACAGGGAUAAAUAUUUUGUAAAACGGGAUGCUUCGAGACGCUUACAUACCUGUGUCAACUUAAUGUCACUAGAGAUCAAGUAUGCCCAUAAUGUUUUACAAAGUUCCGAGGCUUAUCCCAAUUGUUUGGUUAAUUCCUUGACAGCAAAACAAGUUCAAAUCAUAGAAGUGCAACAAUUGAUUGCAAAACCGUGGAUUGCCAUGAGCAACAAAGAGCUACUGGAGAACUUUGAACAUUUAUCCUUGUAUGCUCACAAAAAUUGUGAAUCCAUUAGUGAUAGUAAAUAUGACACGGUAAUAGAAGCAGUAAUGGAAAAAUGUAUAUAUUUCAAUAACGAAAAGUUGAUGAAUUUAUUAAGUUGUUUAGAGCUGUGGUCUUCUGAAAGCAACUGGAUAUCUCCAAGCAUGCAGAAAAUUGCAGUCAUUGUAGACAAAGAGUUUUUAAACAGACUGUCACAGUUGACUGUGGAUGAGAUAUUUUUGAUAAAUGAUCAUUUUUACAGAUUAAAUUUUCUCAGAUUAUCACAGUUUACAGUUAAAAGUCUAAGGUCUUUGAACUUUGGACAUCUCAGUCGUAGUAAUCUGAUGCAUCUCAUGUUUUUUAUGAAAGUCAACAAAAGAAUAGGCAUUUCUUUGAAUGCCAAUGAACAUCAUAUCUGGAAACAUUUUGAUGAAUUUACUAUGACAGAAUUAGGAAUACUUGCCAUGGCUUUUUUUAAAAAUGAAACUAAAAUUCAAGAUAAACAACGUUUGUUGAAAAUCAUGCAAAAGCUUAAGAAUAAUAUUGACACUGUCAACGACAUAACUUUGAAUGCAUGUUUGAAGAUCUUGAGAUACAGUGUCACUCUAAAUUUAUUGGAACAUUUUACUGAUUUGCUUCUAUCACUAGCAGAUCAAGUACCACAUCGUACUUUGGAAACUAUAACUCAAAUAGCACAUGUACAAGCUAGUUCCAUAGUGCAUAAUAGACAAAUAAUAUUAAAAAUACUCGAGAGAUACAAGCAAGAAAUUGGUCAAGCUAGACUAAAAGACAUAGAAAGAAUAGCAUUUGUAUUAUAUACUUUUAAUUAUGAUCCUGAAACGACACACUUUUACUCAGAUGCUACCAAAGAGCUCUUGAAUCCUAAAAGAGCAGAAGAAAUUAAAAGAUUUCCAAAAUCAGCUGUAUAUACAUUAAUGUACAUUACCCAAGUGAAUUACUAUUCAGAAGAGACCUUAAGUUAUUUUAUGAGUCGGGAAUUCAUUGAAAAAUUAUCUCAGGGUAAUUGGAAUAAAUUAAAUCGAGAAUAUUUAAUUCUUGAUUACUGUUUGGAAAUAGAUCAUCCCGAAUAUCGAGGUCCUAGAAUAGAAAAAAAUUUACUAGAACACCUCAAGAAGCAUGGUGUUUUUUAUAAAAAUCCAAAAUCGGAAAUUGUAAAAGUUGAUCAACUUCACAAGCUAAUCAUUGAUGUAAUUCACGUCUUACAGAAUCUUUUAGGUUCCCAAUCAGCGAUUCACGUAGACUUUCUAUUACCACAUGUUUCCAGAGAUUACAUUAUUUUGUGUUACGAUCAAAAAUUGAAAAAAUAUAUUUCUCCAGCCAAACAACUGUCCCGAAUACAAUUAGGUUCAAUCAAGUAUGCUCCUAAGGAUGGUAACACAUGGUAUGCCAUAGUAAUAGGAUCCCACAACAUCUUGACCAGAGAUACUACCAUGCCCACUGGAAUAUUAGCGAUGCAAAUGCGACAUUUAGAGCGUAUCGGUUACAAACCUAUUCUGAUCAAAUACAACCAAUGGAAAAAUUUUAGGAAUGAAAAAAGCAGGAGAGCUUACCUUUCCACACGCCUACCGUUGUGUUGA